AGCCAUUUCUACAAAAUUGGUGAGACUGCUAACAAAUCUAAUAUCGUAUGCGACAAGAAUUGUGUCUUGUAUCUUGAAUAUUUUUUCAUACAGUCCUACUUUACAGCAUUUGUUUGUAAACCGCGAUUAUGUUCCUAAUCCAUUAGACUUCCAUUUUUUGUAGUUGCAAAAGUAGAACUACAUUUCCAUACAAGCAAGGUGACACUGCUGCAGUUUGAUAACCAACCAACAUGGCUGCAGUGGGGACGUUAUGUAGAGCUGCCAGACUGAGUUCGUACAUACCCAGAAAUCGGCGUUUAAUAUUUAACCACUUUCAAAUACGGAGGAUAGCUUCAUGCAUCGAUCCUUCUUACGGGCUCACAGAUGAACAGAAGGAGUUUCAAAAGGUGGCCUUCGACUUUGCUGCCAAUGAGAUGGCACCCCACAUGGCCGAGUGGGACGAAAAGGAAAUCUUUCCAGUGGACACCAUGCAGAAGGCAGCUCAGCUUGGGUUUGGGGGCAUCUACGUACAACCGGAUGUGGGAGGAUCGGGGCUGUCACGUCUAGACACGUCGGUCAUCUUUGAGGCCUUAUCCACUGGCUGUGUCAGCACCACCGCCUAUAUCAGCAUACACAAUAUGUGUGCCUGGAUGAUUGACACCUUUGGAAACACAGAGCAGAGGGAGAAGUACUGCCCUGAUCUCUGCACUAUGGAUAAGUUUGCCUCCUACUGUCUCACUGAACCAGGUAGUGGCAGUGAUGCUGCGUCUUUACUCAGUAACGCAAAGCUGAAAGGAGACCACUAUGUUCUAAACGGCUCUAAGGCCUUCAUUAGUGGAGGAGGAGACACAGACGUGUACAUAGUGAUGUGCCGAACUGGAGGGAAAGGCCCUAAAGGAAUUUCCUGUCUCGUGGUGGAAAAAGGAACUCCGGGGCUCAGCUUUGGAAAGAAGGAGAAGAAGGUGGGUUGGAACUGUCAGCCAACCAGGGCAGUGAUAUUUGAGGACUGUGCUGUACCAGUAACCAAUCGACUGGGGCAGGAGGGACAGGGCUUUACUAUGGCCAUGAAAGGCCUAAAUGGGGGCAGGAUCAACAUUGCUUCCUGUUCACUUGGGGCUGCUCACGCAUGUGUGCAGCUGGCGAGGGAUCACUUGCUCGUACGCAAGCAAUUUGGGGAGACUCUGUCUAACAACCAGUUCCUACAGUUCAAACUGGCUGAGAUGGCCACCAAGCUGGUAGCGUCUCGUCUGAUGGUGCGUCAGGCUGCCGUGUCCUUGCAGGAGAACAGGGCCGACGCCGUGGCCCUCUGCUCUAUGGCCAAGCUCUUCGUCACAGAUGAGUGCUUCGAUAUUUGCAACCAAGCUCUCCAGAUGCAUGGUGGGUAUGGUUACCUGAAAGACUACGCUGUUCAGCAGUUUGUAAGGGACAUCAGAGUUCACCAGAUAUUAGAAGGAACCAACGAAGUGAUGCGGAUGAUCAUAGCCAGAAGUCUGUUGACUGAGUCGUGAUAAAUGUUAUUCCAUAGCCUUCCCAUGAAUGGACUUCCGGUCUCAGUGGGUUGGUGGUGACCACUUCCUGUUGGUUAAUACCCCGAUGUUUGUCUGUGACUGAUUUCCUUAAGUGUUGUAACUGAGGACAGAGAGCGGGAUGGCUUUAAGAUACUGCACUCAUUAGGUCUCUGUGUUUGUGGUAUUAAGUCAUGUUACAUAAAUAUGCAUUUAGUUUGUUUAAAAAUGAAAGCUGCUUAGUCUCAUGUAAGGAAAGAUGUGUCCCAGACAUGCAAUGUCUUUCAUCUCUGCUGUAUUCUCUGACAGGGGAUGUUUGUAAUGAUGUGUAAUUUACAGUGUGCAGUUAGAUGAUUGGUCUAGUAUUGUCUAACAACAUAGUUAAAUCUAACAGUCAACUACGUGGGCUGUUAGCCUUUCCUGCAGUGGCCUUUCUUGUGUUUUAUAUUUGAGACUUGUAUAGUCUUAGUGGCAACAGACUGUGUAUUAAUAUAUUUUUUUUGUAACCUGAAUGCACAACAGGAGGCUGUUAGGCAAACUGAUUUUAAAUGAUAUCAUGUAUUGUACUAUGUAUGGUACACAAUGGUGUACCACUGUCAUUUACACCCCAAAUAAAACUUUGUCUGUUUCUAU